AUGGCACCAACCGUGGAUGCAGGUGGAGACUCCAAAACGGGUGUCUACACUCAAUAUGAUGACCUGGGAUCUACUGCUGCGAACACAAGAGCCAAUUCCAUGCUCUCACUCUCCACCAUGGAUUCUACCAGAAGGAAUUCUGAGCAUACUCAAAAUGUCGAGUUGCACACGGUCCCCACUAGACCCCGCGGGAACUCUCAUAUGGGUGAAGCACUGGAGAAUUUGUCUCGGACAAUGUCGAGCAUGCCAGAGCAAGAAGGGCAUCUCGACCUCGGCGUCGUGCAGUCCCGCCGCUCAAUUAAGCACAUGCCCGGUCUGGCAGAAGAAGCCGGAUCACCGGCUCUUCAGAAACAUCAGGGCGUCCCACCUGAACUAGGCAAUCUAACCUCCGAGCUGAUAUUUGUGUUCGUCUGCUCAGCUGGAUUGAUGUUUUUCGCUUUCUUGCUUGGUGAUAUCACGGUGAACCAGAUCGCCCUUAGGCGCGCAUUGGGAAUCACCAAUAGUGAGCUUCCAUGGCUGCUGGGUGCCUAUACGCUUCCAUUGAGUCUUUCAGUGAUUAUCUCUGGUUCGUUAACUGACCUGACCCCCCCCGAGGAUGAUCAUGGUCGUCCGGAGAAGGUGAUUCUCUUCUACAUUGUCCGCGCAAUGCAGGGUCUUGCGAUCGGAGUGCUGGUCUCCGGAUCAAUGAGCAUUCUUGGUCGAAUUUAUAAGCCCGGUCUGCGGAAGAACAAAGUUUUCUCCGCAAUGUCCGCCACCUCACCAUUUGGUUUCUGGCUAGGUGGAAUCCAGGGUGGAGCGUUCAAAUCCUGCCUAUAUUGGAUUUUCGGAUCCAAUGCGAUCAUAUCGGGAAUGUGUUUGGUAGCCGCCUACAUGGUCAUUCCACCUCUUCGUCCGAUGGCCGAUAUUGCAGGCACAGAGGCUCCUUCAAUUCGGCACUUCGACUUCCUUGGAGCAGGAGUUGCUGUCACGGGCUGCGUUUGCCUGCUUUUCGGCCUUACACAAGGAGCCGUCGUCGAGUGGUCCCCAUACACAUACGCACUGGUGAUAAUAGGGAUCCUCCUAUUAAUUGGCUUUUUCUUCGUCGAAUGCUGGGUCGAACGCCCCUUAGUCCCCAAUCGACUAUGGAAGACGAAGGGAUUUACACCACUCAUGAUCGCCUAUUUCCUAGGAUACGGUGCUUUCUCUGGCUGCUGGCAAUUCUACGCUAUUCAGUUUUUGCUUCGAAUCCAGGGACACAGUCCACUUACCUGCGCCCUCUAUCUCCUCCCGAAUGCUAUCGUUGGGGUACUUGCAACGUGGGUGGUGAGCAAGACUCUUCACAUCGUCCCGGGCCAUUAUAUCUAUUUCACCGCCAUGAUCGCCUUUGCACUGGGUCCAGCCUUCUUCCUCCCACAAAACGCUGGUACAAGUUAUUGGCCGCUUUCCUUUCCGGGCAUUGCGCUCGUCACUUUUGGACCUGAUCUAUCAUUUGCGGCCGCAUCUAUCUACAUAACGAGUAAUGUGCGUCGUUCCUACCAAGGAAGUGCUGGUAGUCUGCUUGUCACGAUGCAGAACUUGAGUAAUGCUGUUAUGACGGCUGUUGGAGAUGCUAUUGGGAAUAAAGUUGCCAGGGAUGCAUCUGGUAGCAUUGAUUUGGAGGGGCUUCGAGCUGUCUGGUGGUUUGCAUUGGCGGCCGAGGUUGUUGCUGCUCUUAUCACUUUGAUUUGGGUGCGGAUUCCAAAGGAAGAGGAGAAGGAGCAUGUUACUUAA